GAACACAUGCCUGAACCUUACAAUGAGUAAACCUUAACUAAAAUGAGAAAAGACUGUUGGUUUAGUCAUUGAGGCAUGUUUCUGUUUGAUAUUAAGCAAAUUGUAGGGGAUUAGUUACUAUCUAGCCGAUCAAAGGUCAGGUCUUGGGAUGCCUUUGGAGGGGCCAAAGCUUGGAUUUUCUUAGUUCGACAGCCAGUGCUUAAAUAGCGCCAGCUCCAAGCGAUGUGAGGGAUAGCCAGGCUGGGAAGGCAGGAGAAGCCUUUGCCAUGAUCCAGGAGAAGCUGGGGGAGAUCCUGGCCAAGGAUGGGCUGACGCCUCAGGUGGCCCUUGUGGUGGCCUGUGGCUCGGCCGUGGCAGGUGUGCUGUGGAAAUGGGUGCAGCGCAGAGGCAUCCAGAGGAAGAUGGGAGAGGCCCGGCAGUGGCGGGAUGAGAGCCUGGAACAGAUGGCAAAGGCGGUUUGGAAGUUCAAACAGAAGAUCCCUGAAAGCCAGUCAGAAUUUAUUCUAUCCCUGCCUCUAGUGGAACUGGUAGAAAAACUUAGAGAUGAGUCUCUUUCUCCAGAGAGGGUUUUGUAUACAUACAUAAAGAGGGCUCUUCAAGUGACCCAGGAUGUGAACUGUGUCACGGACUUUAUUCGUGGGUGUGAGGAACAGCUCCUGGAAGUGAAGAAGCAAAAGGAGAAAGGGUUGCUGUUUGGGGUUCCUGUCAGCAUUAAAGACCACAUUGGAUGCAAGGGCCAUAUCUCUACAUGUGGUUUUGUGCAGUGUCUUGACCAAGUUGAAAAAGAUGACAGCGUGAUAGUGAAGGUUUUGAAGAAGCAGGGGGCAAUCCCAUUUGUGAAAACCAACAUUCCCCAGAGCAUGAUAAACUAUGACUGCAGCAACCUCAUCUUUGGUCCGACUGUAAACCCCUUGAACCACAAGAAAAGUCCUGGUGGAUCUUCUGGAGGAGAAGGGGCACUUAUCGCUGGAGGAGGGUCCAUCUUGGGCUUUGGGACAGAUGUUGCUGGAAGUGUCCGCCUGCCCUCCAGUUUCUGUGGGAUUUGUGGACUCAAACCAACAGCCUCUAGACUGAGUGUUGUUGGCCUUGCUAGCCCUAUAGCAGGCAUGAAGUCAGUUUCAGCAACAGUUGGCCCGAUGGCAAGAGAUGUGGACAGCCUGGCUCUGUGCAUGAAAGCUCUUCUAUGUGAUGAGUUGUUCUGCCUGGAUCCCUCAGUGCCUCCAGUUCCAUUCAGAGAAGAGAUUUACACCAGCUCAAAACCCCUCCGGAUUGGAUACUAUGAAGAUGAUGGAUAUUUCCAGCCAUCUCCCAGCAUGAAAAGAGCUGUUCGGGAAACCAAAAAUCUUCUGCAAGAAGCAGGGCAUACUCUCAUCCCCUUUGUUCCUCCUCGCCUUAACUAUGUAAUAGACGAGCUUUUCACCAGAGGCCUCUUUUCUGAUGGAGCUGCAAAUUUACUGGACAAGUUUAAAGGUGAUCUUGUUGAUCCAAAUAUGAAAUCCCAGUUUAAUUGUUACAGUCUUCCCAUUUUUCUGAAGAGGAUUUUGGCAUUUAUCCUCAAACCUGUGUACCCUCGGAUUGCCAGAGAUCUCAAUGCCCUGUGUGGAGUUGGGACAGCAAAACAUCUAUGGCAUCAUCAUGUGGCAGUCGAGAAAUACCGUAGAGAAUUUCUCACUGAGUGGAGGAAGCUGAAGCUGGAUGUCAUCCUCUGUCCUGCUUUGGGUCCAGCUUUUAAUGAAGGCUAUCCUGGCAAACUCUUUGCUGCAACAUCCUAUACCAAUUUAUACAACGUCCUGAACUUUCCUGCUGGGAUUGUGCCGGUCACCACGGUCACGCAGGCAGAUGAAGACGAGCUGAAGCAUUACAGGGGACAUUAUGGUGACCCCUGGGACAAGCGCCUGAAAGAGGCUGUUACCAAUGCCGUCGGGCUCCCAGUGGCCGUCCAGUGUGUGGCCCUGUCUUGGCAGGAGGAGCUGUGCCUUCGGUUCAUGAAGGAGGUGGAGACAGUCGUCCAUGUGAAGAGAGCAAGGAAAUAAUCUGUUGCACCCCAUUA